ACACCUCACACAAUGCAUUCAUUACGAAAAAGCGGCCAGUUGGCAUUCGAGACCCCGCGCUAUGCUUACUUACUUGGCAAUGGCUCAAGACGCGCUUUUUCUCUCUCCUCUCCGCGCUUCCGAGGCGCUCUACCUGUAUUUAGAGAACCUUCGUCGCCGAAUCUAUCCCAAUUACUCGCAAACUUCAACUCAAAGGUUCUCCUCCCGGCGCACUUGACCAAGCAGCAACAAAAGCUAGUCUACUCGCAAGAAUCGCGUGCCAAACUUGAAGCUGAGCCUGUCGAGAUCACGCUCGGUGAUGUCACCCUCCCACUCGAGCACCUCGACCGCAACAAACUGCCUGACCGCACCAGAACGUAUAGAACUAUCAUAAAGGAGUCUAAGACACCUGAAGACUGGGAAAAUGUCUUGAGAUGUUUGGAGGGCCUCAAGGAAGCGAGUCUCAAGAUAACAAUGCAUACAAAAGAGCACGUUGCCAGGGUGCUGAACCAGGCAGGCAUGUAUCGGAUUUUGCUGAAAGGGUUGCAAAGAGUCAAGCAAACCGAUCUCAGUAUGAAGUAUUGGCUUGUGACCCGCCAGGUGCUUAGGGGUUUGCAUGACAGGGCUGCCAGUACUGGCUGGGAUGAACAGGAGACGGCCCAGGCUUUUAAAAUGGCGACCCAGGUCAUAGAUCUCAUGAACAUGGAUCAACAUUGUGGCCUCGUAGAAGAGGAAUACGAUCAUAGAGGAAGGCCAGAAGUCAUUGCGGUGCCGACAGAAUUAGCUGCUGUCAUGGCUGAACGUCACGGUGGCGACAUAGAGGAGGUCAAGAAAUUAUGUAAACGACUGGUGGCUGCGUUGGAACAGACGAACUACAUGGAAACUCUCGACAAAAUCUCCAAGCUCCCACAACAAGAACCGGCCGAGAAGAAAAGCCAGCAAUCCGCCUUUGUAGGUGACUAUGUAUACAAAUUAAUGAGUCAGAUCUGGGUCUGGAACGCGCUCAGUACAUCCCGGAGGGUGCUUGGUGCCGAUAUGCCCAAGGCAGACGUCGCACUUGGCUUUGAGCAAAGGACUGAAGCUGUCUUGAACGAGGGCAUUGACAAUCUGGAUAAGCUUUUGACUUACAACGGGGAAAGACUGGAGUUCAAGUUAGCGGGUUACAUCCAGUCUGCACUGGAGCAGUGCAAGGCACCGGCAUAAAGCUUGGAGAUGACACGGGGGUGGCUUGUAUGUAUGAUGAAGGUGUUUAUGAUAUAUGUAGAUACUAUUGGAACAAAUGGCAGAGGCCCACGCAUGCCCACGAGCAGA